GAUGCUGUGAAGCUAGCUCGACAUAUCUUGAUCUCUUUCAAAAGAAUUAUCCUCCACCUGCAUUGACUCCACCCUGAGUACCACAGCAUUAGCACGAAAUGGCCCCAGCUAACAUAAUAAGCAUUCUGAGGCUCUGCGCUAGCAGAGACGACGGGCGCGGUAUUGUCACUUAUCCACUGGGAAGCAGAAACAGUGUGAAGACGUUAUACAAAGAUUUAGAGUUCCAAGUGAUCCACAACGCAAGAUUCCUGUCACGUAUCUCCAACUUCAGACCAAGAUCAAUCGUUUUACUUCAUUUCACGGAUCACCUUGAUAACAUCGUAUGGUUUUGGUCCGUAAUUGCUGCUGGAGGCAUUCCUGCACUAUCAACACCAUUCAGUAAUGUUGAAACCCAGCGCCUGAAACAUAUUGCACAUUUACACAAUCUCUUGAAGGCUCCCCUCUGCAUAACGAGACGUUCCUUGUUAGAUCAGUUCUCGGAUCAGGAUAUACUGAGACCAUACGUUAUCGAAGACAUCUUCUCCGCUCAAGUCGCCUUAGAAAAUGAUAAUAUAGACGAACUUGGUCAAGUUGCAAGAGAAGAGCAUCCGGAAGACUUAGCUAUAUUAAUGCUUACCUCUGGCAGCACGGGAAACGCAAAAGCCGUCUGCUUGACUCAUGGCCAAAUUUUUGCCUCAAUGGCUGGAAAGUCUUCAGUUCGGAAGGAUAUCCCCAAGGAUUUCUCUGCCCUGAACUGGAUAGGCUUUGACCAUGUCGCCAACUUGACAGAGAUACACCUUGAAGCCAUGUACCUUAAUAUAGACCAAGUUCACGUACAGGCUCCAGAUGUCAUUUCUAACCCUCUGUUUUUACUGGAACUCAUACACAAGCAUCGUGUGGGAUGGACAUUUGCACCAAACUUUUUCUUGGGAAAAUUGAGGAAACAGCUAGACACAGUUAUUGUGGACACAAGUCUCUACCUAGACUUAAGCUGUCUCCGUCUUUUGGUUUCCGGUGGCGAGGCAAAUGUCGUGGAGACAUGUGAUGUUCUUUCCCGCCAUCUAGAAAAAUACGGAGCACCAUCAAAUGUGAUCUCUGCAGCCUUUGGUAUGACAGAAACCUGCGCUGGGUCUAUCUAUAAUCUCGAUUGCCCUAGAUACGAUGUUCAUAAUAUGCAGCAGUUCUGUUCUCUUGGGCGUUGCGUACCGGGAAUAGAGAUGCGAGUUACAAUCCCUCAGGCUGGCGAUGAAAUUGUCCGGGCUUCAGCCAACGAACUUGGCCUUCUUGAACUUCGUGGACCUAUCGUGUUCAAGUCCUAUUUCAAUAAUAAGUCCGCCACAACAGCUUCCUUCACUCCAGAUGGCUGGUUUAGAACAGGAGAUCACGCCACGAUCGAUCGAGCUGGAAUGCUCCAUCUGGCAGGGAGGACAAACGAUACCAUGAACAUCAAUGGCGUUAAGUAUCUCCCGAACGAGCUAGAGGCUGCUAUCGAAGAGGUUGGAAUUGAGGGUGUGACACCGAGUUACACAGUAUGUUUUUCCUUUCGUCCACUUGGUGCGGAAUCAGAGCAAAUCGAAGUUGUUUACUUGCCCUCCUUUGGACCCCAAAAUGUCGAUGCUCGAAUUGCAGCUCGAGACGCCAUUAUUCAAGUCACAAUGUUGCAAACUGGCUCUCGACCUUCAGUUCUGCCAUUGAACGAUGCUUUGCUGCAGAAAACGACACUCGGAAAACUCUCUCGCGCCAAAAUCAGAGCUGCAUUUGAACGUGGUGACUAUAAGAAAUGCCUGGAAUUUGAUAAGAUGCAGAUCGAAAUAUAUAAUUCAUCCCAUAUGCAACAACCUUGUACUGAGAGUGAACGCAUCAUUCAAGAAGUAUUUUGCGAGGAUCUAGAUCUCCAUCCGCAAGAGUUUGGCGUCAAUACACAUGUGUUUGAGAUUGGCAUUACCUCCAUCCAUUUAAUCCGAUUGAAGCAGAAACUUCAAAGCCGCUUCUCUAUCCCAGAGAUUCCCAUUCGCAUGAUGAUGCAAAAUUCGACCGUUCGAGAGUUAGCCACGGCUUUGGAGAACCUCGGUAAACCACGAAACUAUGAACCCAUCAUAUCACUUCAGAAUAUCGGACAAAAGGCUCCUCUAUGGCUCUUUCACCCAGGAGUUGGCGAAGUUCUCGUAUUUCUCAAUCUCGCAAAGUAUCUUCCUGAUCGCCCAGUAUUUGCUCUUCGUGCUCGAGGCUUCGAAAAGGGGGAAACAUUUUUCACAGAUAUUAAAGAAGCAGUAAACACAUAUUUCGAAGCCAUAAAGAGCAAGCAACCGAAAGGUCCAUAUCUUCUCGCAGGUUAUUCGUAUGGUACAAUGCUCGCAUUUGAAACCGCGAAACUGCUAGAAGCGAGCGGUGAUGAGAUUUCCUUCCUUGGAUCCUUCAACCUGCCCCCACAUAUCAAAUUCAGAAUGAGACAACUUGAUUGGACCGAAUGCUUGCUGCAUCUGGCCUACUUCCUUAGUCUCAUCGAUGUCGAGCAUUGCGAGAUAAUGGCACCACAGCUCCGACAAUAUUCCAAAAAGCAAGCCAUCCAAUGCAUCAGCAAAGUCGCAAACCCAAACCGUCUUCUUGAGCUUUCACUCAAUGAAGAGAUGCUUGGAAAUUGGGUCGACCUUUCAUAUAGGCUGCAGAGCAUGGCAAAUAACUAUGACCCCUCGGGAACAGUUGCGAUGAUAGAUAUAUUUGUUGCAGAUCCCUUGCAAGCUGUGGCAGCGAAUAGAGAGGAUUGGAGGAAAAAUUGCUUAAGCAAAUGGGCGGAUUUUAGCAGAUCGAAACCAAGAUUUCACGAUGUAAUGGGCGAGCAUUACACAAUGAUUGGGGCGGACCAUGUUUUCAGUUUCCAGCAGACUUUCCGUAAGGCAUUAGAAGCAAGGGGAUGUUGAAAUUUUCGCAAGAUAUAAUAAUAUUAUGCGAACCAUACCUACUGCAGGUAGCAGUGUUUGGAGCAAUGAAGGCAAUAUACUAUGAACUGUCCGAACAUUAUGCUAAUAUUUAUAAUUGUUAGAUAGCACGUGUAUUUUCA